UGUGGGAACUCUGGGAUUAGAUUUCUGAAUUUCGGGAAGAAUGUUUCUCUCUCAGAGAAACACUCACUCUCUCACCCCCUGUCUUCCCCCGGCCUGGUUGUGACCUGCAGUGCACCCCUGUCUCUCCAGCACUGCAGCAAGCCUGUGGGUGACAGUGUGCUGCAGGGGCUCUAGUGAGGUCCAGAGAGCAGCUCGUUAGCCUCCUCUCCUUUCUGCCCUCUUACCUGAGUCACAGCCGCCAGGUAGUUUAAACGGGUUGAUUGAGUACAUGACAAGGAAGAAAGUCUUUACAGAAGGGCACAGACGAGCAGGAGCCAGUGAGAGAGGUUGAACUGGAGUGCAGUGGUAAAGGGCUUAGUGGCUGUGAUUCUGAUGAAGAGCUGGACAGGGUGAAGUAAAGAGGUGAAAGAGAGAAGUGGCUCUAAAGGAACAGCAGCUGAGGAAGGAAUGUUCUGUAUGGAUCACUGUCAGCAAGGAAGAGGUGAAGUGUCUGAAGCACAAGCACAAGCAGCAUUAAAAUAAAUAAAGAGUAAAUAACCCCUGCGCUGGGUGGGGUUCUAUCUGCUGUACACAAGGGAACGAGAGACCUAUUCAUAAACCAUAAUAAGAACCCCUCCAGUUGUACCCAGGGGAUUUCUGAGCCAAGAUGUUGCAGAGCAGUCUGGUACAGACCAGUAUCUCUUAUAGACUGGUGUGUGUUUUAAUACCAGUGUCUCUUAUAGACUUCUGUGUGUUUUAAUACCAGUGUGUGUUUUAGGCCGGUGUCACAGACCAGUUUGUCUGUAACGUACAGUUAGGGACACUUUUCUUAGAACUAAACUAGAGGACCGGAUCACCUCUGUGACAGUAAGAUCCCAGGGAAUAGCCAACAGGGAUUCUGGAGGGGUGGUCUCUCCGAACCACCCUGGAGCUGGAGCUCUGAACAAGCACCAACAGCAAUGACUUGCAUUGCAGACAGAGCAUAAGAAAUGGUGCAUUUUGAUUUUCAGAAGGCUUCUGAUGAUCGUUCCUCAUGAGGACAGUCUAUAGGCAUGGAGGGAAAUGUGUGUUUGGUUCAAGAACCGCAUCGGAAGAAGGCUGGGCAGCUCAGGCCUGCCUGUGCUGUGAAUUUCACGCGGACUGUUCUCCUUCCCCUCCAGACCAGUCGGUAUGAGGAGAUCUUCCUGGUGCCCGCAGACCCUGCGGACGGCUGCUCCGAGCUGAGGAACGCUGACCUGAUGGAGGGACAGGUCACCCUGCUGGAGAGAGGGGGGUGCUCCUUCGUGUCGAAGGCCCGCCGGGUGGAGACCGCAGGGGGCCGGGCGGUGCUCAUUGCUGACAGCGCCCUGGACAACGACAGCCUGUACCUGGACAUGAUCACUGAUGGCACAGCGGAGCUGCCCAGCAUACCGGCGCUCUUCAUCCUGGGCAGAGACGGGCUGAUGAUCCGCCGCGCUCUGCAGAGACACUCCCUGCCCUGGGCGGUGAUUUCCAUCCCUGUCAACGUGUCUUCGCUGGCCUCCUUCCCCCUGCAGCAGCCUCCCUGGACACUGUGGUAGCAUCACACCCAGGGGGACAGAGAUCCAAGGUGCUCAGAGACGCACACGCUCGUGUAGGGGCGUCAGACGGUAGGGGAGACCGAGGUCCACAGUGGAGAAACCUCUGCAGGGAAGUGCUCGAUAUCGGCUGCAUCGCUCUGACCUCUGACCCGGAGGGACCCUGACCACAGCAGAGCUGGAGCUGCCCGUGUUGCCGGCCUGCCUCUGCAGAAACCACUGGAGCUAGAGGUACCAGUAACACAGGACUGAGCUCGGAGCUGGGAAUCCUGUCCAUCAGCUCCUGUUUUUUGUGAUUUGUACAUUUUUUGACACUUUUGUUGUAAGAAGCCAGUUAAUAAAAACCAAGAUUAUGGUUAUGAA